AUGGCAGCGUUUGUGGAGGACGGAGUGUCAACAAGAAAAGGCCUAGGGAGGGGAAUAAGGAAUAAAAAAUGUACCGAGACGAAGAACGUCACCACCAAAUGGGAUCGUCCUAGCAAGCGACAGCGACAACACCGCCAUGUACAGGAGCGAUCGGAAUUUGAAUUAGAACCAGAACCUGCUUCGGACUGUCAUUUCGAGGGGAAACAUCGUACUCCCUUGGGGAACUUUCCCAGUGAUAUUCUUCAGAAUAUCAAAGACAACAAUGACAACGGCUAUGACGGCGACAACAGCUCAGACCAAGUCAAUGGAAUCUUAAUCCCAGCAGCGGAGUCGUGUCCUAACACAGAUGAUGAUCCACGAAGUCUACCGUCCAUCGACCAACUUGACGCGGUUGACGGCUCGGUGGAUUCUCAGCCAGAUCACGGAGACCUGCCGGAAUUUAUGCAUCCUCAGUUCGCUCUUACGUGGUCGUUGGAAUCCGCUCGGAUGUUGGACGAUUUGGAAUGUUGUGCUCGCUGUGAUCGACUUCAGACUGAUUGCUAUUAUCCCAUUCCACCGGAUCGCAAGCGUCUUGCCCAAACCAGAGCUUUGACUCGGCGGAGGAGGGUCAACUCCUUGUUAGGAUUCACUAUAGCCUCCGGAAGUCAGGCUUCCCGGCCUGAAAAUUGUCAGAGAGGCGAUGUUCAGACCCCAUACGGAAACAAGGCUCCCACAGAUGCGAUCUCCAAUAUCGCCCAGGACGAUAGAGACAUCUCAGACCACGUGGGCUUUUUCGCUCCUAGUACAGCAUCGCAGUGGCCCACAAUGCUUCUAACCGAGACGGACGAUAUGAAUAUAGAUGAGGAAUCUCAUGAUUCAGCGCCGCUCCCUCCUCAACACCUUGGGCACUACCUUUUUAAUACCCUGUUUUCUCAUUACCGACCUGCCUCCUUGAUCUUGAAUGAAAGUGAGACUCUGCAGGAUUACACAGAAGGCAAGCUUCCGUAUGCCCUCACUGCAGCAAUAUUUGCCCUAGCUACCAGGCUUUUAGACGAUGCGCAGGAUGUCAGCAAUAGUGGGACUCUUACAGGUCCCAUGACACAGUUGAAGAUAGUCUGCUCGCGGGCUGAUACAUGGGCUCACUUGGCUGAUGAGUUAACAUUGAUGUGGGCGCAUCUUCCCUCGCUAAGGACGGUACAGACCUGCGAGAUACUUGCAACUUAUUGGUUUGCUGUAGGCCAAGUGGCCAAAGCAAAGAUGCAUUUACAUGCUGCAUAUAUUGCUGCGCGGACUCUUGGAUAUCACAACAUAGGAGAUCGGCUGCCGAGCCAUACUCGUCCCUCAGAUCAAGAAACAGGACGAAUGUGCUUCUGGAACUGCUGGAUUGUUAGCUUCGUCAUUUUUUACGAUGGCUUUCUUGCGGCACCAUUCAAUGAGAACUUCUCAAUCUUGUCGGGAGCCGAGGACAUUGUUCAAAAAUUUGCUUUGUCCCGUCAAGGCGAUUCACUUGCUGAUACACCGUUCUCAGACGACAUGAAACUUGGGCUGUUGAAGUCCUUUGCUAUAUAG